UCAUUCGUUGCUUAUUUUAAUUUUUCUAGCUUUUGCUUUGCUUAGAUUCUGUUCUGCAGAGAGAGAGAGAGAGAGAGAGUUUCAGAAUUUAGAGAGAGAAUUUUAUUUUGUUUUUUCGGUUAUCUUUAUUGGUUUCUCUUACAUCGUUUUUGUAGGCGCUGAGGAAGAAGCUUUGGCAGCAUAACUUUGUUGGGGAGCAUAAAAUUCAGGCAAGGCCUUGAAGUUGGAGAGUAUUAGAUUGGAAUCUUAGAAUUUUCUCUUUAGACCAAAGAAAUGGAGGUAUAUGGCAAUUCUAUGGUUGCAGCUCCUUCAAAUGUUAUUUAUCUGUCCAGUAUUUUGGGCCAAGGCGGUCCAAUUCCCGGUCACAGAUGCAACUGGAAAUGUGAAAAUGAACAUGUUUGUGGAAACAUGUAUCGCUGCAAGCUAACAGGGCUGACUCACAUUUGUGAUAAAAACUGUAACCAGAGAAUUCUGUAUGAUAACCAUAGCUCACUUUGCCUAGCAAGUGGUCAAAUUUUCCCCCUUACGCCGGAAGAGGAACAAGCAGUGAGAGGUGUUCGCAGGAAGCUUGACAUGGAGAAUUCGCCCUCUGAUAGCUGUGGUUUUAAGCGUAGACGAGAUGCUCAAUUCCAUCCUUCUCCUUUCGAGAGAUCUUUCUCUGCUGUCAGUCCUAUCUGCAGCCAAGUUGGAGAUGGCAUGGAUAUGAAAUAGUUAUCUAUUAUAUAACUGCAAGGACUCUUCUUUAUCAUUUCUCUUGUCCCUUUGAAGUUUUUCACUUUUUUCUAUCGGAUGAGUAUUGAUAACAGAACUUGAACAAUUAUGGAUUAUUUAUUGGUGGACAUGAUGUGUCCCCUUCUGCUGUAGGAAGUCCUUAUAUUUCUAGUAUUAAUGUAAUUGUAUCCUUUAAAGUAGCUUGACUGUUGAAUGGGGAUUUGAGGCAGGGUCUUUGUACGCAACACGUUUAUGACACUUGAAUUGACUUCAGUUUUCUGCUAAACCUAGUGAGAAGCUGAUUGUCGUAGCUGACUAUGGAAUACAUUCUGGCCUUUUACAUUGCUUGAAUUUGAUUUGGACCUCAGUGAUGCAUAUAUGAGCAAUGUACUUAACUGUAAUCCUUUUUUUAGCUGACCAUCAAGUUUCUAGUGUAUCUGUAAUCACAAAGCAGCCUAUUAAUAUAUUCAUUACUAUUACUACUGUCAUGAGCUUGUAUUCCUUAAUUCUGUAUGAACAAAAAACAGUUAUUUUGUCCCUGCUGAUAAAUCUAUUGAGAACCUUGACUUCUGUAGGCUGAGGUUCUCUCCAGUUUGUCAUAUGAACAAAGUUAUUGGUAUGCUUUUUGGUGAAUUGAUUUUGGUUUUGCUGCUUGAUUCUUCCUAUUUCUGUUACAGGCUCAAGGGAGAUGAUCUAGUUCUCAUUUUCAUUCCUCUUAAUCAUUUUCUGAUAUCUUUUUUUUUUCUGUGAUUUGAUUGAUGGUUGGCUGUCUGAGGUUAACGUAACUUGUGCAGGUUUUGAAGCAUAUGCUAGGAAGGAGCGUUCAAAACUUUAUUUGUGUUGCAUUACUGAAUUAAUUCUUAUGAUAUAAAAUUGUUCUAUGUUUGAAUAUCAAUUAUUGAUAAAUGUCUUGUUUUCAUGAAUGAAUGCAGGCAUUGCAACUUCUGCUCGAGUUUUUCUUUGCUGAAGUUUGGACAAGCCAACUGUUACGGGACUACAAAGAGUUUUAAAGACUAAGUAGGAAAUCCUAAUUAGUAGGGAUGCCUAAUCAAAGAACAUUUAUGAUACUGUACAGAUACGACAGACACUAUUCAAAGAUGAAAAAAUGUGAGGUGACAAGGGCAAAUAAAGGGGGACCUUAUUAGGGAUACUUAUCAGCACAAGCACCAGCAGCAUCAAUCUUUCUAACAUGCAUAUUGUUCCUCUUUGUAUUCAUUGUAUUCAAAGAUUGAAAAUGAAUUCUCUCCUAAUAGCCAUGUUACUGUUUUCUGCAAAAUUUUGUACUUGUAAUAUGUUCUAGGCAGAUGUGAUCAAUCUAAUCUUGUAUCGGUUUAUAUAGGCUGAUGAAGGUUUUUAUUUUGAAUUUAUGGUAUUUGUGAAGCUAGAGGUUUGUAAUGUUUCAUUUUCUAACUUUUGACUUGUGAUUAUUAUUAUUAAGCUAAAUAUGUAAUUAGGCUUGUAAUUGGA